AUGCGUCCCGAAGUCGAGCAAGAGCUCGCCCACACGCUCCUUGUUGAGCUUUUGGCAUAUCAAUUUGCAUCUCCCGUAAGAUGGAUUGAAACACAAGAUGUCAUUUUAGAUGAGAAGACUACCGAAAGAAUCGUCGAAAUUGGUCCUGCAGAUACCCUUGGUACCAUGGCUAAGCGGACACUCGCCUCUAAAUACGAAGCCUACGAUGCAGCAAAAUCUAUUCAACGUCAAAUUUUAUGUUACAACAAGGAUGCCAAGGAGAUUUACUAUGAUGUCGACCCAGUGGAGGAUGAGCCUGCGGCUGCUCCAAGUGAUUCUUCACCAGCACCAGCUGCAUCGUCUAGCUCGGCACCCGCUCCAGUUGCAGCAGCCCCUCCACCAAGUGCAGGUCCGGCCGCACAAGUUUCAGAUGCCCCAGUUGGAGCCAUAGAUAUUGUGCGAUCUUUGAUUGCCCAAAAACUCAAGAAACCACUUCUGGAAAUUCCCUUGACCAAGGCCAUUAAGGAUCUUGUCGGAGGAAAAUCUACACUGCAAAAUGAAAUAUUGGGAGAUUUGGGCAAAGAAUUUGGAUCAACGCCUGAGAAGCCAGAAGAUACCCCUCUAGACGAGUUAGGAGCUUCGAUGCAGCAAACUUUCAAUGGUCAAUUAGGGAAGCAAUCAUCAUCCCUCGUUGCGAGAUUAAUAUCCUCAAAAAUGCCUGGUGGAUUCAAUAUCACCGCAGCACGGAAAUACUUGGAAACACGAUGGGGUUUGGCAUCUGGAAGACAAGAUGGUGUCUUGCUUUUGGCUCUGACAAUGGAGCCAGCAGCACGUUUAGGAUCUGAAAGCGAUGCUAAGGCAUUCCUCGACGACGUUUCACAAAAGUAUGCAGCAAAUGCAGGCAUCAGCCUUUCUACGGUAUCUGCCAGUGCCGAUGGAGGUGGUUCGGGUGGUGGAAUGAUGAUGGAUCCCGCUGCCCUUGAUGCUUUGACCAAGGAUCAGAGGGCACUUUUCAAGCAGCAGCUUGAGCUUUUCGCUAGAUACCUCAAGAUGGAUCUCCGAGCCGGUGACAAGGCGUUCAUUGGUGCGCAACAAUCAGAGAAGGUACUUCAAGCGCAACUCGACCUGUGGAAUGUCGAACAUGGAGAGUUUUACGCUUCAGGUAUUGAGCCCGUCUUCACCUCAUUAAAGGCUAGAGUAUACGAUUCUUCCUGGAAUUGGGCUCGACAAGAUGCUUUGACAAUGUACUACGAUAUAAUUUUCGGUCGACUUCAAGCAGUUGAUCGAGAAAUCGUUAGCCAGUGUAUUCGUAUCAUGAACAGAUCCAACCCUACCCUUCUGGAAUUUAUGCAAUAUCACAUGGAUAACUGCCCAACUGAGCGUGGCGAGACUUAUAAGCUUGCAAAAGAACUCGGGCAGUCCCUCAUCGAUAACUGCAGAGAUGUACUCCACGAGUCGCCUGUUUACAAGGACGUUGCAUUACCAACCGGACCACACACAACAAUCGAUGCUCGCGGCAACCUAGAAUAUGCCGAGAUCCCAAGAUCUAGUGUCCGAAAGCUCGAGCACUAUGUGCGAGAGAUGGCUGAUGGUGGAAAGAUUUCAGAAUAUGGAAACCGAACCAAAGUCCAGAACGAUCUCAGCCGUAUUUACAAGCUUAUCAAGCAGCAACACAAGCUCUCCAAAGCAUCACAGCUCCAGAUCAAGAGCCUUUACGGUGAUGUUAUUCGCUCUUUAGCGAUGAGCGAAGGGCAGAUAAUCCCCAAAGAGAACAGCAAUGGCAAGGCGUCAUCCGGCAAAAAGAACGGAGUCAAGAUGAACGACGGAAAGAUCAAUGGCAAUGCCAAGGCUGGAAAGGUUGAGACCAUCCCAUUCCUUCAUUUAAAGAGAAAGGACGAGCAUGGUUGGGAAUACAGCAAGAGGCUUACAGGCCUCUAUCUUGAUGGCUUAGAGCAAGCUGCCAAAUCUGGUGUCACUUUCCAAGGCAAGAAUGCUUUGAUGACUGGUGCUGGAGCUGGCUCAAUCGGGGCUGAUGUAUUGCAAGGCUUGAUCAGUGGUGGUGCUAAGGUUGUUGUAACUACCAGUCGAUUCUCCAGACAGGUCACUGAGUAUUAUCAAUCGAUGUAUGCUCGCCAUGGAUCCCGAGGAUCUCAACUUAUUGUCGUUCCCUUCAACCAAGGUAGUAAACAAGACGUUGAAGCCUUGAUUGACUAUAUUUACGAUCCAAAGAAGGGUCUUGGAUGGGAUCUCGACUAUGUCAUCCCAUUUGCUGCCAUUCCCGAGAACGGUCGUGAAAUUGAUAGCAUCGACUCCAAAUCAGAGCUUGCUCACCGCAUCAUGUUGACCAAUCUACUCCGUCUUUUGGGUUGUGUGAAGACUCAGAAGUUUGAGCGAGGAUUCGAAACUAGACCUGCUCAAGUCGUCUUGCCGCUCUCUCCAAAUCACGGUACCUUUGGAAACGACGGUCUUUACUCCGAAUCCAAGUUGGCAUUGGAAACCUUAUUCAACAGAUGGCACUCGGAAAGCUGGGGUAGCUUCCUCACUAUCUGCGGAGCUGUCAUUGGUUGGACUCGUGGUACUGGUCUCAUGUCUGGCAACAACAUUGUCGCAGAAGGUGUCGAAGCUUAUGGUGUACGCACGUUCUCUCAGCAAGAAAUGGCUUUCAACUUGUUGGGCUUGAUGGCCCCUAACAUUGUUGACCUCUGCCAAUCUGAGCCAGUUUUCGCCGAUCUGAACGGUGGUUUACAAUUCAUUCCUAACCUCAAGGACUUGAUGACCAAACUCCGAAAAGACAUAAUGGAGACUAGCGAAGUCCGACAAGCUGUCACUAAGGAGACCGCCAUUGAGAAUAAGAUUGUCAAUGGUGAGGACAGUGAGAUGCUCUACAAGAAGGUCACAAUUGAACCACGCGCAAACAUCAAGUACAACUUCCCAUCAUUACCAGACUGGAAGAAGGAAGUUUCUCCACUUAAUGAAAACCUCAAGGGAAUGGUUGAUCUCGAAAAGGUUGUUGUAGUUACUGGUUUUGCUGAGGUUGGACCAUGGGGUAACUCUCGGACUAGAUGGGAAAUGGAGGCAUACGGAGAAUUCUCUUUGGAAGGUUGUGUUGAAAUGGCCUGGAUUAUGGGUCUCAUCAAGAAUCACAAUGGUAACCUUAAAGGCAAAUCAUACGCAGGAUGGGUUGAUGCCAAGACCGGAGAUCCGGUUGACGAUAAAGAUAUCAAGAGCAAAUACGAGAAGUACAUUCUCGAACACUCCGGUAUCCGUUUGAUUGAGCCCGAGCUUUUCAAAGGCUAUAACCCGGAGAAGAAGCAAUUGCUUCAAGAGGUUGUCAUUCAAGAGGACUUGGAGCCAUUUGAGACCUCCAAGGAGACAGCAGAAGAGUUUAAACGUGAGCACGGUGACAAAGCUGAAAUCUUCGAGAUCCCAGAAUCUGGAGAGUAUCUCGUCCGCAUGCGUAAGGGCGCUACCCUACUCAUUCCAAAGGCUCUUCGCUUCGACCGACUUGUCGCAGGUCAAAUCCCGACUGGAUGGGAUGCUAAAAAAUAUGGUAUUCCGGAUGAUAUUAUCUCACAAGUCGACCCUGUCACCUUGUUCGUCCUUGUUUGUACUGUCGAGUCUUUAUUGGCAUCUGGUAUUACUGAUCCAUAUGAGUUCUAUCAGUAUGUACACAUCUCUGAAGUAGGUAACUGUAUUGGGUCUGGUAUUGGUGGUACCACGGCUCUAAGAGGAAUGUAUAAAGAUCGCUUCUUGGACAAACCGCUCCAAAAGGAUAUCCUUCAAGAGUCUUUCAUUAACACCAUGAGUGCUUGGGUCAACAUGUUGUUGAUCUCCUCGACUGGUCCAAUUAAGACUCCUGUCGGAGCUUGCGCUACAUCAGUCGAAUCCAUCGAUAUUGGUUACGAGACUAUUCUUGAAGGGAAAGCUCGCGUCUGUUUUGUUGGUGGCUUCGAUGAUUUCCAAGAGGAGGGUUCAUAUGAGUUUGCCAACAUGAAGGCCACCAGCAAUGCCGUCGAUGAAAUCGCUCACGGCCGCACACCCAAGGAAAUGUCUCGUCCUAAUACCACCACCAGAAAUGGUUUCAUGGAGUCCCAAGGUUGUGGUAUCCAAGUCAUCAUGACUGCCAAGCUUGCUCUUGACAUGGGUGUACCAAUCUACGGUAUCCUUGGAUUAACUACCACUGCUACUGAUAAGAUUGGGCGAUCUGUUCCUGCUCCAGGACAAGGUGUUCUCACAACGGCUCGUGAAAACCCAGGCAAGUUCCCAUCGCCACUUUUGGAUAUCAAGUACCGUCGCAGACAAGUUGAGCUCCGCAAGAAGAACAUCAAGGCAUGGCAGGAGUCAGAACUUGAGUAUCUUCAUGAGGAGAUUUCUGCUAUGAAAGCUCAAGGGACAGACUUCAACGAGAGCGAAUAUGCUCAAGAACGUGCACAGCAUAUCGAGCGCGAAGCUCUACGUCAAGAACGCGAGGUCCUAAACAGUCUUGGCAACAGUUUCUGGAAGAAAGAUCCUACCAUCGCACCGCUUCGUGGUGCCCUUGCUACUUGGGGCCUUACCAUCGAUGACCUCGAUGUCGCAUCUUUCCACGGUACCUCAACCGUUGCAAACGAUAAGAACGAGUCGUCAGUCAUUUGCCAACAGAUGGAGCAUCUUGGUCGUAAAAAGGGUAACGCUCUUAUGGGUAUCUUCCAGAAGUAUUUGACAGGUCAUCCUAAGGGUGCUGCCGGCGCUUGGAUGUUUAAUGGUUGUUUGCAGGUCCUCAACAGUGGUUUGGUCCCUGGUAACAGGAAUGCCGACAACAUCGACCAAGUUAUGGAGAAGUUUGACUACAUUGUUUACCCCAGCCGCAGCAUCCAAACAGAUGGUGUCAAGGCUUUCUCUGUUACCUCCUUCGGUUUCGGUCAGAAGGGUGCCCAGGCUAUUGGUAUCCAUCCAAAGUAUUUGUACGCCACUCUUGAUGAGCAAACAUACUCGGCAUACUGUACCAAGGUUGAGGCCAGGCAGAAGAAGGCUUACCGCUACUUCCACAACGGAAUGAUUACAAAUACCUUGUUUGUUGCCAAGGAAAAAUCUCCUUACACCAACGAUCAAGAGGGAACUGUCUUCCUUAACCCAGAUGCUCGUGUAUCAGUUGACAGGAAGACGUCUGCUCUCACAUACGCUCCAAACUUCGCCAAGAAGGUCAUCAACAAGGAAAAGGCCGAGAGCACAAAGCAACUGGUUGAAUCACUUGCAAAGGGCGCUGCAACAGCUGGUAACAAAGUUGGUGUUGAUGUAGAGGAUAUUGCUGCUAUCAACAUCGACAACGAGACAUUCUUGGAGAGAAACUUCACCGAGAAAGAGGUCGCUUACUGCAAGCAAGCACCCCACCCACAGGCAUCUCUCGCUGGGAAGUGGAGUGCAAAAGAGGCAGUCUUCAAGUCUCUUGGUGUUGCAAGCAAGGGAGCCGGAGCACCUUUGAAGGAGAUUGAGAUUACUAACAACGAAAAGGGUGCACCAAUAGUCUCGCUUCACGGCAAUGCCGCAACAGCGGCAAAGGAAGCCGGUGUAAAGGAGAUCAGCAUUUCUAUCUCGCACUCCGAUAGCCAAGCCAUCGCAAUUGCCGUUGCAACCUUUUAG